AUGUCGUGGCUAAGACCUCUUGCCGCCGAUAGAUGCGGCGUUCUAGGUUGUUAUCGCAAACAGAAAGAGCAGAUCUCGGCGUAUCGUGACCGUCGGUUCCGCGGCACGCAGGAGGAGUUCGAGCAGGCGCUGAGGGUGUCUACCACGGUUUACGUGGGUAACUUGUCGUUUUACACCACGGAGGAGCAGAUCUACGAGGUGUUUUCCAAGGCGGGGGAAAUCCGACGCAUUGUAAUGGGACUCGAUAAGAAUACAAUGACGCCCUGCGGCUUCUGCUUCGUUGCGUACUAUGUGAGGGAGGACGCGGAGGACGCGGUGAAAUACGUCAGCAGCACGAUUCUGGACGACCGGCCAAUCAGAGUGGACUUUGACUGGGGCUACGAGGAUGGGCGGCAGUGGGGGCGGGGGAGGAGCGGCGGGCAAGUCAGGGACGAAUACCGCACCGAUUAUGACCCAGAUAUGUGCCUCUCUCGCCUCUAUCCGUCACAUCUCUCCCUCCCCUCUCCCUCGUCUUUAUGUACAGAAGGAGGUAGCAGCCAUUUAGCAGUACGGCACUCCGCUCUUCAUGCCAGCGCGGGGCGGUGGGCAGUCACUCUGCCUGUGCUGUGCAUGCCCAUGCUUGCUCCCCUGCUGCCUUCCCUCUUCCCCUCCCCACCCCUCCCUUCCCUCUUCCCCUCCCCACCCCUCCCUUCCCUCUUCCCCUCCCCACCCCUCCCUUCCCUCUUCCCCUCCCCACCCCUCCCUUCCCUCUUCCCCUCCCCACCCCUCCCUUCCCUCUUCCCCUCCCCACCCCUCCCUUCCCUCUUCCCCUCCCCACCCCUCCCUUCCCUCUUCCCCUCCCCACCCCUCCCUUCCCUCUUCCCCUCCCCACCCCUCCCUUCCCUCUUCCCCUCCCCACCCCUCCCUUCCCUCUUCCCCUCCCCACCCCUCCCUUCCCUCUUCCCCUCCCCACCCCUCCCUUCCCUCCUCUUCCCUUCCCUCCCUUCCACUCCUCCUUCCUCCUUCCUCCUUCGUCCUUCGUCCUUUCCCUUUGUGCUCUCCACCCUCCUUUCUCUCCCCUACUGCAUGACGAGGGGGGUACGGCAAGCUACUGCACCCUGCCAUCCAGCAGUACGGAGCUUCAUUGUCCCCCUGCCCUCCCCCCUCUCCUUCUGGGGCUACGGCAAGCUAGUACAGAAGGAGAUAGUGGCCAUUCAGCAGUACGGAGCGGCGCUCGUCAUGCCGGGAGAGGGGGGGAGUCCCCUCUGCUACGGCAAGCUGGUACAGAAGGAGAUAGCGGCCAUUCAGCAGUACGGAGCGCCGCUCUUCAUGCCGGGAGAGGGGGGGAGCCCGGGAGGCAUGCCCCCCUCCUUUGGCCACUCGCCCUCUGUGCCCCGCCAGCCCAUGAGCCACCGCAUGCAGCAGCGACUGGGCAAUCAGCAGGGGCCCCGGAGGGCCCAGCGUUACUCAAGGGAUGACAGGCAGCGGGGCGGCUACAGAGGUAAGCAGCUCUGUUUAUAA